AUGGGGUCGACUCUGUUCUCAACUCAAAGCGGAGCAAGACAUGGGAAUGCCGCCUCGCUUAUCUCACUCCUCGCCUUGCCUUGCAUGCAUCGCAUUUGCUAUGCGGCGACUUCUGACAUAAAGAAGACGAGCCCCUCUGAAAUCAUCACUCGCAGAACUUUUGGCAUGAACGGCGUUUGGACAGACUCGGCCAUUGCUCAUCGUCUUGGGUUUUUCUUCCUAUGCUUAGCUACUCACUGCAUUGUGCUUAUAAAUAGGCGUUGCAGAGAAAGCAUUGCAUUAAUCACGCUCCGUCUUCUUCUACUCAAAGUCGAGCCUCUAAGCAAAGUGGAGGAUGUAAAAGUUGCGGCCGAUAAGUAUCGAUCGAUGUUGAACGAAGAGACGGAAAAUACCCAGUGGAGACAUGGGGGACCCCCCAUUUUUUAUGCGGUUAACAAGCUCUUCGAGGAAGGACGAACCAAGGAAUGGCCACAAGGAUCAAUAGAAGAAGCUGUUCAAAAUGCAGUGAAGUCAUGGGAAAUGGAGCUGUCUCACAAGACUAGGCUGCAAGACUUCAAGACCAUCAAGUCAAACCCCAGCAUAUUUGAUAUCAUUUUUCAACUAUUCGGUUUUCGCAAUAAAACAGGCAGAGAGGGAUUGUCGGGAGAAGAGACACUCAGGCUAGGUAGCUACAAUGCCCUUAUGCAGAAUUCACUACCAGAGGAAUUUCGAUAUUACAAAGCAGAUCAAGAGAGUUUCCAAUCGUCCCAUGACGCGUUCAGACUAGCAUUGCCAAGGGGAUUUGCACGGGAAGUGGUUAGUGUUUACUCUGGACCUCCAGUGAUUACCUACAAGUUCAGGCGCUGGGGUUAUUUUGAGGGUCCUUUCAAAGAGCACGCUGCCACUGGAGAGAUGGUUGAGUUCUAUGGCGUUGGAAUUAUGAAGGUUGAUGAAUCUAUGAGGGCCGAAGAAGUUGAAAAAUACUAUGAUCCAGCAGAACUCUUUGGGGGGCUCCUGAAGGGCAAGCCAAUCUCUUAACUCUGAUGCACGUGAAAGAGAAGACGAAGCUGCUGCGACAUUAAAAGCUACUAAAAAUGGAUGUCCCUUCUCAACAAGAAACUAAAGCUCCUUCUUUAGCAUCAG